CAGGAUUCCACCUAGUUGAUACUUAACCUUCUAGUCCAAACCUCCCUCAAUAUGACGGGCAAGCAGGAAGGCUAUGAAUCCAGCACCGUCGAUUAGUCCCAACGACAGUUCACCUGCUUACCGGACGACCAGGCAGCUAGAACUAUGAAACAAGCAAUGAAGAAGAAGAAUAUAACUGGGUUAAUGCGGUUUUCAAUAUGUCCAACAAUAUAUUUCGUCAUCUAUACAUUAUUCCGUGCAUGUGAAAAAUGUGACGGAGAGCAGUACAUAUUUCUGUAUGGAAAUCAUUCAGAAGUAAACAAAGCGAAAUGUGAGAUUGGUUAUGUUGAUGGUUUGGAUAAUUAUUUGAUGACGGGCCGAGUGAAUAUGAGCAAUAAAAAUGUCUUAGCAGUUGGACUGGAGCUUGUGACAAAGGAACAUUCUGAAACAUCUUCAUAUUAUUGCGUAAUUCGUUUUGUGGAUGAAUGUCACAGUGACCAAACGGAUUCCUGCUACUGUGUAGGCACAGAUGAAGUUAACAUUUUCCAAGUCAUCUUCAACAUAACAUUAAAACAUCAAGACAGUAAUGCGACCGUAAGAGCAGUUAUGUUGUUAUCAAAUCACCAAGAGAUUUACAGUAAUGAAACCAUGCUGCCACCUGUUACGAAAUUAGAUCUUACAAACGUUUCGAGUGUUCUCAAAAUCAACGAAAAAACUGUUAAUAAAGAUUUCUGCAUUAAAAUUGUAUAUGACUCUGAAAUAAAAAUUUCAUAUCAAAUCGCUUCUACCCAGAAGGUUCGUCCUCAACUGAAAAUCACAAAUAAUAACACAUCAACUAUAUGGACAGACAAUGAGGAAGGGACUUUCAAUCUUGCUAAUCUUGGUUUUGAAUCUGCUUCAGAAGUCGAUUUCACUUUUAGCUUAUGCGGGUUCAAUGAAAAGUAUGUCCAUUGUACUUUUAUAAAAGGUGAAGAGUCGGAUUCAAACUCCACAACCUUUCUAGUUCUUUUCACCAUCACGCUUAUAAUACUAAUUGGAAUCACCAUCGUCUUUAUAUAUCAAAACUGUAAGUCCAAACAUGAAAAGAUUUUAGUAACUGGUAUGGUGUUAGAGACUACUGAAGGACAAGAAUUCAGUGAUCUAGAUUUGAAAAAAACUGCCGCUACGCAAACGGAUAAUUUAUAAAGUCACACAAUCUACGGAACAUUGCUGUCUUAGAAAGAUAUUUCAGCGAACACAGAACAUGUGUACCCCAUUGAUAUAAGCUCUAUCUCAACGACGUAGCCAAUGCUUUUUCUAAUGUGUAUGUUGACAAGUGCAAUCAUUAAAAAGUCUUAUGGUGCUUUAAUACUUAGUAAGGUAACAUUGAUCAUUCCUAUGUGUCAAGAAGUCGAAAAAAAUUACGCACAUGUAUUUCGACAAUUAAGUCGUAGCCAAAGAAGAAAAGAAUAACAUUAGGCCGUGAUUGUUGUUAGGUUCGUAUAACUAAGGUUUAAAUGUGUAAAAUGAAAAAAAUAAUUUAAUUAUAAUGGAUUGCGUAAUCUGAUUUUCAUGUGUUUUAAAUAAUAUCACCUUCCCUAAAUUAAAUGUUUUUACUUUUUUUUUUUUAAACUUAAUAUCAUAAUCAUAAUAUGACUGCUACCCCUUGUAUGUUAGGGUGCAGCAAAUGUCUCAAAAUAAUUCUGUAUUGUUGAUGUACAUUGUACUAAAUGUGCAAUAGGUAACGAAAGUGAAAUGGUGAAAAACAUGUGAACUUUUGUUACUCUAGAUCUAUAUAUGGUAUACAUGUGAUCUUCUUCGAAAUAUAUAUCAUGGACGUAGCCAGGAGAGGGUUUUUGGGGUUCAAACCCCCCGACAAAUGAAAUCCCCCCCCCCCGCAAGAAAGGGGGGGGGGGUGAUAGAAAUUUAGUGACUGAUUUUUUGCUUUGAUUUUCUUUACUUUAGGUGAUAUUUUAAUACUAAACUAUCACUUGUCCUAGCACAGCAAAAGAGGUUUUGAGUUUAAAACCCCCUACCAGGGUUUUUUUGAAGUUAAAUUCCCCUCUUCUAUAACACAAAACAAAACAAAAAAUGCAAACGACAAUCCCCCAAAUUUCAUGAGCACAGUUAAUGAAGAUUUGAUUUUUAAACCCUCUCCAAAAUUUAGGAUAAACCCCCUCUUCAAUAUAAAAAAAAAGCUAAUUACGCACUCAAAAUGUUAUGAGCGUAGCUAAAUGGGUUUUGACUCAGUUUUGAGUUUAAACCCCCCUUCAGCGGGGUUUGAAGGUAAAAAAAACCCUCUUUAAUAUUAAAAACAAAGUAAAUUAUACACUCAACAUGUUAUGAGUGUAUUCAAAGGGGUUUUGAUUUUAAACUCCCCUCCAUUGGAGUUUAAAGAUAAAAAAUACCUCUUCAAUCUAAAAAACAAAAUUACACACUCAGAGAUCUAUGAGCGUAGCCAAAGGGGUUUUGAGUUUGAACCCCCCGAAAGCGGGGUUUGAAGAUAAAAAAUACAUCUUCAAUGUAAGAAAAAAGCAAAUUACGCACUCAAAAUACUAUGAGCAUUGCAAAAAUGAGUUUUGAGUUGAAACCCCCCUUCAGAGUGGUUUGAUGCUAAAAAUUACCUCUUCAACAUAAAAAAUUACACACUAAAAUUAUUUGAGCGUAGCCAAGGCAAUUGGGGGUUUUGAGUUUAAAUCUCUCUUCUACAGAUGCCUUUUUUUUAAAGUUUAGAACUCCUCCAGAUUGUUUUGAGUUUAAAAUCCCCCUACAGAGCGUUUUGAGGUAAAAAACCUCUAGCUUCAAUAUUAUUCUAAAGCAAACUACAGUUACUAAAUUCUAUGACCGUAGCAAAACGGGGUUUUGAAUUUAAAAAAAAAAUUAGUUUUAGAGAUUUUGUAGUUUAAAACUCCAACAGAUGAUUUUGACGAUAAAACUUCACUUUUCGAUAUAAAAUCUAAAGGAAACUACAGUCACUUAAUUCCAAGAGCGUAUUCAAGAGAGGUUACACAUUUCUACCAGUGGCGGGGCUCAAUUAAUAAAGUGCAGUGUAUAGUCAUUUGCGAAAUUGAAAAACACUAAAUGUGGCUCAACAAAGAUGGCUAAGACAGAUUUUAGUAAGAAGAGCAUAUUAGAUUUUUUAAAUAAAACUUUUUUACAGCAGGAAAAUGCACUGUAUACCUCAGAAUAUUCAUUUUGUUGGCUUUCAAUAUCAGAAAUAGUGAUUGUCGGCGGGGCUCAGCCCUGCGCUGGAGGAGA